CAACUAGGAGAAUAUCUGCGGCUUCUAAUCGACGAACGUGACAAUUUUCUUUUGUCUCCUCGAGCUGACAUUGUUUUGGCUAUGGAUAAUCCUUCAACUGCAAUAAAAUCCCCUACAUCAAAGUCAUCACCUACUAUUCCUACCUCAUUCGGUCUUCGGGUUUUAUCGCCUGCCGCCAGCCAGCAAUCAUUUGUAGGGCCAACGAAUUUUCAACCGCAGCAAUCAUCCUUGACAUCUGCGGCAUCUUCGUCAGCUUCUAUAACUUCCACGCCCAUUUCAUUGGAGUCUGGGCAGUCGAUGCACACUUUCGAGGAGCUCUACCUACCUGGAGCUCUGCUACUUAACGAUGAGGGCGUCGCUUUAUCGGGAAUUUUAGUUGGCCUGUCAGUCAUAGACUUUUGCUGUGGCCUUAAAGACUCACUCUAUAUGAUGGACAGACCGGUAAAUACCUUUUCACUAUCAAACUAG